UUCCUGCAGGCUGCGGUGGUGGUGGUGUUUAACUUUGCCAUGGUGCUGCUCAUCUUCCCCGCCAUCCUCAGCAUGGACCUCUACCGACGAGAAGACAGACGUUUCGACAUAUUCUGCUGCUUUUACAGUCCCUCUGCCAAUCGGGUGAUUCAGAUUGAGCCUCAUGCACACCUGGAUGGGGCAGAUGAAAGCCACUACAGCCCUCCCCCAUCCUAUUGUACACCCCCUCCCUCGUAUCACACGCCUCCCCCAAACUAUAGCAGCCCCCCUCCCUCCUACAGCAGCCAUGGCUUUGCCCAGCAGACGCAAAUCACCAUGCAGUCCACGGUGCAGCUCAGGACAGAGUACGACCCCAGGACCCAGGCCUUCUACACCACGGCUGAGCCAAGUUCGCAAAUCUCUGUGCAGCCCAUGAACGCAGCUCCAACGAGGAGUAACCCUAACAACGACUAUUACAGCAGCAACCCCAGCGGUAGCAGCAGCAGCACCCACGGCAAUCUCAACAACAACAGUGGGAGCCGAGGCAAUGGGGGGUCUCGAGGUUCUGCCCCCUUCUCCCAUCAUCAUACUGCACCUCCUUCUGCUACCACGACUCCAACUGCUAGCUCAGCUCCUCAGGGCGAUGCACCCACGUCAUCUGGCCAUGGCCCGGAGAACAACAGCUCCACACGGGACCUGUUGUCCCAGCACGGAGAACGCUCUCUGGGCCUGCGCUGCCUCGACCCCCCCUGCUCCCGCUGGACCCUGGCCUCUUUUGCUGAGAGACACUAUGCUCCAUUCCUUCUACAACCAACCACCAAGGUGGUUGUGAUUGUGCUGUUCCUCUGCCUGCUGGUAGUCAGUCUGUACGGGACCACCCAGGUGAAGGAUGGCCUGGAGUUGACAGACAUUGUGCCGAGAGAGACCAGCGAGCAUGACUUCAUCGGUGCCCAGUUCAAGUUCUUCUCCUUCUACAACAUGUAUGUGGUGACACAGCAGGCGGAAUACCCCAAGAAGCAGCGUCUGCUGCACCAGCUCCACCAGAGGUUCCACACUGUUCGCUACGUGCUGAAGGAGGACAACGGAGAGCUGCCUCACAUGUGGCUUCACUAUUUCAGGGAAUGGCUUCAAGGUCUCCAGCAGGCAUUUGACAGGGACUGGGAGGCCGGGCGCAUCACCCAAAACAACUACAGGAAUGGCUCUGAUGAUGGCGUCCUGGCGUACAAGCUGUUGGUGCAGACAGGACGCAGGGAAAAGCCCAUUAACUUCAACCUGCUGACUCGUCACAGGCUUGUAGAUGCAGAUGGGAUCAUCAACCCCGGGGCAUUCUACAUCUACCUUACUGCUUGGGUCAGCAAUGAUCCUGUGGCAUACGCCGCCUCGCAGGCCAACAUUCGCCCACACCCUCCAGAGUGGCUGCGUGACCGGACCGACAUCAUGCCCGAGACACGCCUCAGCAUCCCAGCUGCUGAGCCCAUCGAAUAUGCACAGUUCCCCUUCUACCUCAACGGGCUUCGGGAGACUCCACAGUUUGUGGAGGCCAUUGAGAGCGUGCGGGCUAUCUGCAGCAACUUCAGUCGACAGGGCCUACCCUCCUACCCCAACGGCUACCCUUUCCUGUUCUGGGAACAGUAUGUUAGUCUGCGCCACUGGCUCCUGCUGUGCAUCAGUGUCGUGCUCGCCUGUACCUUCCUCGUCUGUGCCCUCUUCCUGCUCAACCCGUGGACCGCCGGCAUCAUAGUGUUGGUGCUUUCUCUUAUGACUGUGGAGCUGUUUGGCUUCAUGGGGCUAAUGGGAAUCAAGCUGAGUGCUGUCCCUGUUGUCAUUCUCAUCGCCUCUGUGGGCAUUGGAGUGGAGUUCACCGUCCAUGUGGCUCUGGCUUUCCUGACAGCCAUAGGGGAUCGUCACAAGCGGGCCGUGCUGGCUCUGGAGCACAUGUUUGCUCCGGUGCUCGACGGAGCCUUUUCUACCUUAUUAGGUGUCCUGUUGCUUGCGGGCUCUGAGUUCGACUUUAUUGUCAGGUAUUUCUUCGCAGUGUUGGCUAUUCUUACAGUUCUUGGAGUACUGAAUGGAUUGGUCCUUCUUCCAGUAUUACUGUCAUACUUUGGGCCCUAUCCAGAGGUGACCCCAAUCGAUGGUCGUAGUCAGUUACCCACCCCAUCACCUGAGACACCUCCUCACGUGGUCCACUUCUCGGUCCGUCCUCACAACACCACCAUAGCCACGCCCACCUCUGGUGCAGCUUCAGACUCGUCGGACUCGGAGUACAGCUCUAACACCACAGUGUCUGGUAUAAGCCAGGAGCUGCAGAACUACAACCUGCCCUCCCACAGGGGACACACUCGAGCAGAGGAGCAGCAGUACCACCUCCAGAUCAGCAGAGGCAGAGCAGCCAGGACAGAGGAGCACAGGAGAGCAGGAUCAGGGAACAGACGCACAGCCAGGCAGCCUGACCCUCCUGGCUAUAAUGUGUCUUUGUCCUCUCAGGGUUGUAAUUCUGGGCCCCAGCCAGCGGCUCCUCAGCGUAACAGCAGCAGGGACCCCAAGAGCCAGCCGCACCGGCAGGCCCCGCCCCCAGCCCGCCCGCGCAUGGACGCUUUUGAAACUGCUACUGAGGCUGGGGGCCAUCAUGGCUCACGUGGCCAUAGAGAACACUCAGCAGGCCACAGGGCCCGCUCUUCCCACAACCCACAACCUAAUCACCACCUCCCACACCACCACCCAAACCCCACCCCUUAUUGUCAACCCAUCACCACGGUAACAGCAUCAGCCUCCGUCACUGUUGCUGUUCACCCAGCCCCCUUGUCCAACCAGGGCCCCCCAGCUUCCUCUUACCCAGGAUACACAACAACAGACAGUUACUGCCAAUCAGGAGAUCAGGGGACGGAGCCUGUCUUCCACGACCCUCAUGUGCCACUGGACACUCACACAGGGGCCAGGGGGGCCUACAUGGAGUCCAUGGAGCUUCAAGAUUUGGAGUUUGAGGCAGCUGAGAGCAACAAUGGCAGACGGACAAGCUGAGUUAUGGAGAACGCAAGUACAACGGCCAAAGAUGGACUCCUCCCUAUUACUUAGCAGCUGACUCGGUCUGGCGCAGGAAAGUCCAGCACAGCCCAGUCCGAAACUCGCCAGUGUUGCCGUCAUGGUGCUCAUUCUUACUGUAACCCAGUGGACUAUUUUCUUAGAUAUUUCUAUCUAUAUUUAAAAGUUGUAUACAUAUGUAAAUAUGAACAGAAAGUAGCUAUAAUUUUAGGAGCUGUACAACUCCUCAUGUUAACAGACUGGGGCUGCCAUUUUAUAUGGUUUGUGAGUGUGUUUGUGUAAAUGUGUGCGUGUGUAUGAGAGUUAGUGAUAGAUAUCUUAUUACUGCUCACUCAUCUGUGGAUCUGUGCCAUUAGGAAGCUUCAUCUAGACAAAAAUACCUGUCAGCAUUCACUGUUGCUGCUCAAAAUAUUUUUUUAAAUAAUAUACAUUUAUAACUCUAUGCAAAUGUCUCUUUAAACAAAAGAAGUGGUGUGUGUGUGUGUGUGUGUGUGUGUGUGUGUGUGUGCGUGCGUGCGCGCAUGUGUGUGUGCGUGCGUGCGCGCAUGUGUGUGUGCGUGUGUGUGUGUGAUGUGAAACUGCCCCAUUAUCUUCUGGCUUAUAAAUCAGACACAUUCUCAGAACAGGCUAACACUUACACUCAUUUUAAACAUGAGGGAAAUUGUUAGAAUUAUCAAACAGGGCUAUGGUAUAUAUAUGUGUGUGUUUAUGUGUGUGUGCGGUUAUUGUAUAAAGGUACACAUGUUAAACUAUUAUUUUUUUAUCACAAACCUGUGGUAGUUAUGAAACAAUUACUGUUUAACAUGACACGCUAUGCGUGCUAUUUAAGACGAGCAGAUAUGAAGAAAUUUAAAAAGCUGUUUUUUGGUUUUGUUCUGUUCUUUUAGUCAUUGCCUCUGCAUUGGAACCUGUUUCUGCUCUCAGCUUUGUAUCACUGUCUGUGAGGUUGCUCUGGUUGGGUCUUACUGUAUGAGGCUAUAUAUUGUUUAACCCUAGCAGGCUCAACACUGUUUCUGUCUUGUACAAGCAGUAAACCCACCUCAAAGACUCACUCUCCCAUUACAGGGACCUUCACAUUACUGAUUCUGGAACAGGGUCAACACAGGGCUCUAACUCUGUGUCAAGUGGAUAAGCUAAAGCUCUGACUGUAUACUGUACAACCUGAUUUAACAUGGCACUUGACUGCACUCAAACUUCAUUCACAGCAAUAUCUUGCUUCAAGUAUCUUUCUUUUUUACUAUCCAACCAAUAAGCUAGCCCACACGGCCUGCUACGGGAUAAGCCUUAUAUGGCCUGACUAUGUGGUCUAUGUGUGUCUCAAUGUAUACAUGUCUAAAGCAUUUAUGUGCGUGUGUGUGUUGGUACAUCCUCUGUCUGCCUCAGCUCUCCUUUAUUGACAGUAGAAACAACUGGCCCUAAUUUGGCAUCAGCCGUCCCCACUGACCUCAGCUAAUAAAAUUCCACAUCAUAAUGUCAUGACACUAAUUGGACGUCCCCCCACAACUGCCAAAUGGCACAGCCCAGAGCCUCACGGGUCAAAGUUGACACUGCCAGCCCCCCCCUGCCCUCCCAGCAAUGGCCAGUUUAUAUCUGCAGGGCCAUGUCAACGUGCAUAUUUGCCUGCGCCUCCCCCCCAAAACCCCCCCUCAGUUCCAGACCCAGGCCCCUUUGACCCAGUCACUCACCCCAACCACACCUCAGUUUUCCUCCACUUUUUUACACUCUUACUUCCUGUUGAACAUGUGUAGCUCUUCCCAGAAGUCUUUGCAGUUUUCUGUCCACCAUGUUACGUCAGCUGCUUGCAUGAAAUAGGUUGUUCUGUUUGUUUUUUGUUUUGUUUUCUCCCAAUGUCACAUUGGCAGUAGUGGAGAGAAUCAUAGCUGGCAACUAUUUUAUUCAUUUUUUUAUGUUUUUUGUUUGUUUUUGUUCUCAACAUUCAAAUGCGAUAUUUAUAUUUUUGUAAUAUAAAAUAUGUUGUUUUUUCUUUCAUUAUUGUCGUGAAGCCAGUGGAUAACAAAUGCAGGGAUUUAUUUUAAUUUUAUUAUUGAUAAAACACUAUUACAGUUUAAUGUUUUUACAUUUAUGGAUUUUGAUCUGUAUAAAGUGCUUACUAAUGUUAAAUAGGAAAAAAAGAGUAUAUAACAUUUUACACUACAGGUCUCAUCAUAGCUCUUAGAGGAUUUUAAAAGGAAAAAAAAAUCAGUGGUUCUUCCAGACUGCCAUUUUGGUCUCGGUUGGCGUGGAUGUAUGCUGUUUUCAGUUACAAAGAUAAAUGUAUGCCAUAUAAUUUAUUUAUAUGAAAAUUUAUUUUUGUAGUGUACAUAGUAGUUGUCAAGGUAUUUGACAGAAGUAUAUUUUUAAAGAGUUUAUAUGUAAUGAUAUACCAUAACAGAAAAAACCUUAAGGUGCACACUUUCACUGCUAACUGUCUUGUGAGACGACAUUGACACCUCCCCUUCAGUAUUAUGUUCCGAUCCUAGGAGAGAGACAGCUGUUUCUAUGGGUUGGUAAAAGGCUAGCCAUGAAAGUAGAAAAUUGUACUAGCUCUCUAAAUAUUAAUGUUCAAACACUGAUAGAAUUCUAACAAAUAAAAAUAUUAUAACUUAUUUGUCUCUUUGUUCAUAA